AUGGCUGCUUCUGCACGUAUUUUCGGUAGCACUACCACUCUAUUUUCACGUGCAGCAGAUUGUGCUGCAGAAGUUUUGGUUUCAUUGAAGAGACUUCAGGAUUUCCUUCUUCUUCAAGAAAAAGACGACAAGUCUCUCAAAGCUGUAGGAGAGAGCCAAAUUUUAACCGAAUAUGGAAUAUGGAUGAAUAAUGUCACAGCUACAUGGAAAAAAGAAGCCUACCCAACAUUAAAUAAUAUAUCUAUAAACGUACAACCUGGAGAAUUAUUAACUGUUAUAAGCCCUGUCGGAUCAGGAAAGACGUCUUUCUUAUUGUCCAUUUUGGGAGAAAUUCCUGUUACUUUCGGUAAAGUGAUAGUGAAAGGAAAAAUUGCUUACGCUUCUCAAGAAGCUUGGGUAUUCAACGGAUCAAUUAGAGAAAAUAUCUUGUUCGGAGAAGAAUACGAAGAGGAGAAAUAUAAAAAAGUUUUGUAUAUAACUGCUCUAGAAAAGGAUAUAAGUUUAUUUCCUAAAGGAGAUCUAACUGUUGUGGGAGAAAGAGGAGUGAUAAUGAGCGGUGGGCAAAAAGCAAGAAUUAAUCUAGCAAGAGCAUUAUAUCUGGAUGCCGAUAUAUUCCUCCUUGAUGAUCCACUAAGUGCUGUUGAUGUUCCAGUGGCAAAACAUAUCUUCGAAAAAUGUAUAAUGGAAUAUCUGAAUGAGAAGAUUUGUAUUCUAGUUACGCAUCAAGUACAAUUUUUAAACUCUGCAAGUAAAAUUUUAGUGUUAAAUAAGCAUUUUUUCAUGAGCCACCACGAAAAUAUCGUGGUGGCUGAUGAAAAAAGUGCAAUUGCCAGAUAUAGAGCUAUAAAUAGAAAGGUGAGAAAUUAUAAUAAAAAUAAAAGAACCCCUCUAGUCAUGGCUGUUCUUCUUCAGACGGUCUAUAUCCCAUACAAGGUUAGAGACCAUUUUCUCAGCAGACAGCAGUGGGUAAUGAUGGCAUCCAAAAAUCAGAGACUUGCUGCUGCUGGGGCAAUCGCACCCCAAAAGGAGGAAGAAGACUCUACCUGCUAUUACAAUCUAGCAGAAGGGCCUAGCUCUCCGCUGGAACCAAGUGAUAGCAGCGAUGAGUCAUCAUCCGAGGAAGAGGAUUCUACCUCAUUUGAGUCCUCAUCCGAGGAUGAUAAUUCUUCUUUCUCACAAGAAGAAGAAUCACCACAAAAAGACAGAAAUGGAGGCCUUAAAACAGGAAUUUCUGUCUAUAAAGAAUAUUUGAAUGCUGGAUCAAGUUUUCUUUUCAGGAUAUUGUUAUUACUAAUGCUACUUGUAGCACAAUCUAUUACAAAUGGCAGCGAUUAUUGGCUAAUCAAAUGGUUGCACAACAAACGGAUCUAUAGAGAAAAUGUAAAUAAUGUUCAAAAUUUGACAUUUAAGUCAACAAUAUUUAACAAUAGUGAAGACCAAGACUUAUAUUAUAGUGAAAAAUAUAAUGUAUAUGUUUACUUUGGACUAACAUGUGCAAUAUUUUUUACGAUGAUACUUUCUGGAUUACUAUUGUAUAAUUUUUUCAUUGCUGCAUCUUUGAAGCUGCACAAGAAUAUGUUUCACUGUAUUAUUCGAACUCCAAUUUCAUUUUUGGAUAAAAACCCUGUUGGAAAAGUUCUAAAUCGAUUUUCUAAAGAUGUGAAUAACGUAGAUGACAAUUUACCUAAUAAUGCUCACCAAUUGUUAAAAACAUUCUUCCUGUUCACUGGAAUGUGUGUUCUUCAAGCAAUCCUCUGUCCUUAUGUAUUCAUAUUGACAUUUAUCAUUUCAAUCUUAUUUUACGCUAUGUGGACGAUUCACAGUCGUGUGCUGAAAAGCAUAAAACUUAUUGAAGGAAAAUCAAGAAGUCCGGUAUUUUCUCAUCUCAGCGUAUCUCUUUAUGGACUAACAACAAUUAGAGCAUUUAACGCUGAAAAUAAAUUUAUUUCCACUUUUAAUGAAUAUCAGGAUAAGCACACUGCAACGUGGAUCAUUUAUGUUUUAUUAAAUCGAUGCCUGGCUAUAUAUGGUAACAUCGUUUGUUACAUAAAUUUACUUAUUACUGUUAUUAUUUUCAGUAUAUCAAUUCAUCCAGAUGAUGCUGGAAGCCAAAUCGGACUUGUUAUGAGUUAUACAAUGUUAUUUGUUUUUCUUUUUCAAACUAGUAUUAGGUUUACUUCUGAAGUGGAUUUUCAGAUGAAUUCUGUAAAACGUAUUCUGAAAUACAGCAAAUUAAAAUCAGAAGCAUCGUACGAAAGUUCGUCCGAUAAACAACCACCCGCGGAUUGGCCACAAAAAGGAGAAAUUUAUUUUGAUAACGUUUCUUUACAAUACUCCAAGGAUAAAAAUAUUGUUUUGAAAAAUUUAACGUUUCGUAUUCAUUCGGGAGAAAAGAUUGGAAUUGUUGGCAGAACGGGAGCUGGAAAAAGUUCUAUAAUUGCUUCGUUAUUUCGCAUGACGGAGCCAACAGGAACAAUAACCAUCGAUGGAAUUGAUACAAAAGAUAUUGGUCUUCGGGAUCUACGCAGUAAAAUUUCGAUCAUUCCUCAAGAUCCAAUGUUGUUUACCGGUGCACUUCGAAAAAAUAUCGAUCCUUUCAAUGAAUAUUCAGAUGAAAUUCUUUGGAAAGCUAUAGAAGAGGUGCAAUUAAAGGAAGUUAUCAGUACGUUGCCUGGAGGAUUGGAUACACAUUUGUCAGAAGGAGGACGAAAUUUCAGCGUAGGAGAAAGACAGUUAAUUUGUCUUGCCAGAACGAUUGUUCGCAAGAAUAAAAUCCUGGUCAUGGAUGAAGCAACAUCAAAUAUAGAUAAAAAAACUGAUUCCUGCAUACAGAAAAUAAUUCGAGAAAAAUUCAAAUCGUGUACCGUGUUGACAAUAGCCCACAGGUUACAUACAAUUAUCGAUUCGGACAGAGUGCUGGUUCUAGACAAAGGAAAAAUUCAAGAAUUUGACAUGCCAUAUAAAUUACUGAAGAAUGUGAAUGGUACUUUUUAUAACCUGGUAAAAAACUCGGGAGUUACUGCGAUGAAUGAGCUAUUUAAAAUUGCUGAAAAUAAAUAUUAUGUUCAAGAAUGUACUGAAACAACGAGAUUAUAA